UUCCAGCCCCGAACAUGCAUAAAAAGGAUUCGCCGACCUCGGGGAGCCACAGAGCCCGGGCCGCAGGCACCUCCCCGCCGGCUCUCCCGCUCCUCGCACCGCCGCCCGACCCGCCCGCCGAGCCCCAUGGCCCGCGCCGCGCUCUCCGCCGACCCCCGCAACCCCCGGCUCCUGCGGGCGGCGCUGCUGCUCCUGCUCCUGGUGGCCGCCGGCCGGCGCGCGGCAGUCGGCGAGUCUCUUCUUCCCUAGGAGCGCCCCUGGCCAAUGAACUGCGCUGCCAGUGCCUGCAGACCCUGCAGGGGAUCCACCUCAAGAACAUCCAAAGUGUGGAAGUGAAGCGGCCGGGACCCCACUGCGACCGAACCGAAGUCAUAGCCACACUCAGGAAUGGGCAGAAAGCUUGUCUGAACCCCGCAUCCCCCAUGGCUAAGAAAAUCAUCGAAAAGAUGCUGAACAGUGACAAACCCAACUGACCAGAAGGAAGGAGGAAGCUCAUUGGUGGCUGUUCCUGAAGGAGGCCCUGCCCUAUAGGAACAGGAGAGAAAGAGAGACACAGCUGCAGAGGCCACCUGGACUGCACCUCAUGUGUUUGAGCAUUGCUUAGAAGUUUUCUAUUUAUUUAUUUAUUCGUUAAUUUUUGAAGAUUCUAUAUUAAUAUUUUAGGUAUAAAAUAAUUAAGGGUAUGAUUGAAUCUACUUGCACACUGUCCCAAAAUAUUCAUUCUUUUUUUAAAUGUCGACCCCAAGUUAGUUCUAUCUGGAUUCAUAUUUAAUCUGAAAUAAUUAAUAGAAUGUUUAAUACUUCUGAGGAGUCUGCAACAUGCCAGCCACUGUGAUAGAGGCUGGAGGAUUCAAGCAAAUGACCAGUGAGAUCAUUGUAAGGGCAGGGGAAUGUAUGUGCACAUCUAUUUUGUAACUGUUUAGACAAAUGUCAGUUGUUAUUUAUUGAAAUGAUUUCACAGUGUGUGGUCAACAUUUCUCUUGUUGAAACUUUAAGAACUAAAAUGUUCUAAAUAUCCCUUGGACAUUUUAUGUCUUUCUCGUAAGGCAUACUGCCUUGCUUAAUGUUAGUUUUACUGUGUUUCUAUCUUAGAACAAAGGGGUUUAAAUAUUAAUGUUUACAUCAAGAAUAUAAAAAUAAAGCACUUUAAAAUAUAAAAUGUUCGUUUAAUUUUUGGGGGAAACAAGGGCUAAUUUUACUGGAAAAUAUGGUGAUUUUUAUCAAUA